CUCAUUUAAACAUAACACUAAUUAUCAUUAAUCUAUAUUUUGUUAUUAUUUAUCUUUGUUUAUUUUUCAUCUUAUUUGGUUUCUUUUGUUUAUAAUUGACCAUUUGAAUAAAAGUUGAUUAUUUGGCCAGUCAUUGGCUUUUUUUAGUGAUACCUUAACCAUCCAAACACCAGCACAUUUAUCAUUAUUAUUAUUAUCAUCACCAUUCAUCUCAUCUCAGAACCACAACAACAAUAAUAACAAAAAUACCGUCAAUAUAAAAAGAUAAUAAUAAUUAAUAAUAGAAACAAAUUUCUCUUUUUCUUUUUUAUUGUUUUCAUCAAUUAUAAUGUUAAGAGGAGAACAAUGUCAAGAACCUUCAACUGGGAACCUUGAUCUUGGUAGGAAACUUUUGGAUGCUUGUAAAAAUGGUGAAACUGAUGAAGUUAGAGAUUUAAUGCAAAAUGGAGCCCCUUUUACAACCGAUUGGCUUGGUACUUCACCUUUACAUUUUGCCGCACAAUAUGGGCACAAAGAUACAGCCGAGUUUCUGCUUAGAUCAGGUGUAAGUCGAGAUACCAGGACAAAAGUGGAAAGAACACCUCUUCAUGUUUCUUCCCAGGAAGGACAUUUAGAAAUAGUUGCCCUUCUAUUGAUGCACGGAGCUGAUAUCGAUGCUCGUGAUCUUCUUAAAAUGACACCUUUACAUUGGGCAGUAGAAAGGGGACAUUAUGAUGUUGUUGAAUGUCUGCUUUCAAAUGGAGCUGAUUUAAAUCUUUUGAGUAAAUUUGACAAGACACCAAUCGAUAUAGCUCGAGAUUCAGGGAGAACAGAUAUGAUACCUCUUUUAGAAAGAUGUAUUAAUGUUACACGGCCUCGACAAGACAAUAGGUCAACAAGCAACACAAAUAAUAGUUGUUUCGCGAAAACAAGACCAACAGUGUUACCUAAUAAAUCAAAUAGGACAGCGAAAAUUGUGAAACCCAUAGGAAGUGUUAAUUCAAAUUCAACAGCCAAGGGAAACUCUUCAUCUUCAUCUUCAUCUACAUCAUCUUCAUCCACUAUAACCGCCAAUAUCUCUAAAACAAGUGUUGAUGCCUUAAAGAAAUUAUUAAACGGGACUGGCAUUAAUUUGGAAGAUGGAUCAAACAACGUUUUGACAACCCUGGCUGCCUUAGCCGAUGCUACUGGACAAACAACAGGCAAUGUAAUCAAUAACAAUUCCCAGAUAGCUGCUGAUGCAUUACAAUGGUUAGAUACUCAUGGAGCGACAAGUGCUUUAGAGGAAUCAAUGUUUACCUCAGCAAUUGAAAGUGGAGGAACCGUUUCACUAACUGAAGCUGGUAAAUUGGCUUUAAAUUGUGUUAAAGAUUCAUCUCUAUCACCAACAACAUCCCAACAACAACAACAAACCUCAUCAUCAUCAUCAUCAUCAGUGACAACAUUAAACAAUUCAACGAAAUUAGAUCCCGAUCUAGAAGGAAAAGUGAUACAAAUUGUUGGUGAAUUAGAAAAUAAUCAAGUAACCUCACCGAUUGUUUUAUUAAGCUCAAAUUCUGAUGGGACGUUAACAACCACAACCACCGAUCAAACUGAACCAAUUCGUAUUAAAAAGAUAAUUAAAACAGUGGCCGGUAAACCAAUUAGUGUGACAAAUUUAAAAACAACAACCAAUUUAAACAGUUCCAAGUUGAAUUUAAUUGAAUCAAAUGGCUGUAAAGUGAUCAGCAACGCUGUAGCAUCAAUAACAUCUCCAUCGACAACAACAACCAUCACAAUUAACCAUAAUAACAACAAUACAACAUCAAGCCCAAAUGUUAACAAUAAUAUUAUUAAUUUAAAUAACAACAACAACAAUAAUAAUAGUAAUAGUGAUAAAGAGAAAGAAAGAUUAAGGAAAGAAUUGGAAAGGACUAAACGGGAAGCCGAGGAAUAUAAAGCACAAUUAAGGGAGAAAGAAAAAGAAGCUGAACUUUAUAAGAGACAAUUAGAGGUGUAUAAAUCUAAAUUUAAAGACUAAUAACACACCUACACAUCUACAGAAUCACAUAUUAUACACCACAUAAGACACAAAUACACACCCGAAAAGAAAACCCUAAAGAGACAAAAUCACAAAUGGACGAUUGGAAAGCAAAUAUAUUAUCAAAUCAACAGCAAAUUAACAUUCGUCUACAAAUUGUAUCCCUAUUUUCAGUUUAAUGUUCAAUUCUACUGAUUUUGUACUCUUUAUAUUACAAAUGAGUUUCAUCUUCGCCACCGUCACACUACCAUCACAACUUUUUUUCCCCCAUACAUCUUUUUAUGAUGAUGAUGCUAAGAUGAUGAAUAUUCUGUCGAUAUGCCUCUUCUCUCUUCUCUCUCUUCAUUUGUUAUUAUUCAUUCUCUCAGAAUCAAAUCGUGGAAAACAAUCCAAGAAACAAUUACCAACAAUUCUAAUACGCAACUGAGCGUCCAAACCCUCAAUCUACGUUGAUUGUAGACAUUUAUAUAAUAUAAAUAUACAUAAAUAUAUAUAACACAAACACACA